GGCAUCGCUGGGGAUCGAGGAAGAGGUGGCGCGCCAGCGGCGUUCUGCGCCGUUGCAGCGCUCUCGGCGUGCGCCGCACCUACUUGCACGCAAGAGGAGUGCGCAGUGCUACGCGGUUCGACCGACAGUUUCGACGCCGUCUCGAGUUGUUUUCUCGGUUGAGUGCUCGCACCGAUGAGAGCUGCGGAGGCUCCGGGAUUCUCGUGGCUUCGCGAUCGCCAGGUCGUGGAAGAGGAACACCUCGGAAGACGCUACACUUGCCGUCAGCCGUGCAGCAUUCGGUAGCAGCGACAUCGAAUUUCGACCGGACCUCUGUGCGCUAAUUAGGCAGGCGGACGUGCAUACUGUGGUUGCCGUUGGUCGAUUGCCAGACACCGGGUUGGUUUGCAUUUCGCUAAGGACCUUCCGCAAAGGAGCGCGUACGCACCGUAAUUUCGUCUAGAAACAUGAUUACGCGGCAUCUUUAUUCAAACUUUGUCGCGUAAGCACCAGGAAGAUAGGUUCCCCCGAAUGCUUACAUUUUUACAAGCCAGAAGUACAAAUGAUUGUGUGUUUUGUUAGGCUGCUACUUGCAAGGGUAAAUGCACUGGUGAUGUGAAAGUAAGAGGAAGAAUAUCAGCAACAGUUCUAUAGUAGUUUAUAAGUGUUUGGGGUUCGGCGUUUUGGAAUCUCUCAGUAUUGGGCUGGAGUACUGAUUUGAGUAGCACGUGUACUCCCUUGUGUACUAUAGAUUUACUUCGGUAAGAAACCUUGCUUCUUUGCGACAAAAAAAAGAGAGGAACACUCAUAUAAAGAAAGUGUGCCAAUAUAAUGAGAGCCGUUGUGAAUCCGACGAGAAAAGGGCGUAUUCCUCACGAACUUUAGUCAGCACAAGUCGGUAUCAAAUUUUGACAUACGUACUGAUGAGAAGCUUGAUUCGCUUCGAGUGAAACGACCCUUCAAAGAACACGAGAAACAGUGAAAUCCGUCCGGCAAUAUUCGGCAAGGUAGACCAAGUGAACUGGUAUCAAUGAUCAUCCGCAAAGGAAUUAAAUGUCGCGCGUCAGAAGGCAUCGGGCCGACGUUAGACGACAUUGCGCCCGGAUUUUGUCCCGCGCACCCGCUUCUCUGUCCCCCAGACGUCACGACUGCGGCGCUGUUCCUUCCACCGCGGCGCGUGCACGUCUUGCACCACAAGACAUCGUGGCCAGUGUCCGUGGCGUGGGCGCUGCUCUCCACACUGGUGGCCCUUAUGAGUCUCGUGAGCCUCGUUCAACCCGAGUGGCUGGUGCGCGAGCGGACGGACGUGUACAGGCCUCCGUUGACCUAUGACCCCGAUGACCUCGCGUACAUGCUGGGUCUCUACGGGGCCUGCUACCGAGACUCUGACGAUGCCAUCAGCGUAGCAGCGGUGAGGGGUGACGCGCUGUGUUUCAGGUUCGACGACAUGCCCCCUGGUCACGAGGAACCACAUGGAGGUGCCAGGUUCCCUUCCGUCACGUGGCGUGCCGGAUUCCUGCUGUUCAGCUCUGGGUCGGCGGUGCUCUGCAUCGGGGCCGUGCUUGCCAUCCUGUCGUUAGCGAUGCACGGAACGCCCAACAGAGUGGCCGCCGCCGCUGUCAUAGGACAUGCCCAAGCAGCUGGCGUGGUUCUGCAGGCGACGGCUCUUCUACUGUUCCCCUGGUUCCUGGCCACGCCCUUUGCACAAGCUCACUGCGGUGACGGCUCCGGAGCCUUCUCUCUCGGGCACUGCCGCCUGGGUUGGGCUUCCGUUCUCGCUGGUGUCAGCACACUGCUCGGACUCUACGGUCCUGUGCUCGUGCGCUUCGUUUCCUACCCAGUCUACACACCGUGCUCUUGGAACGUGCUAUAGCUUCUGAAAAGAUGCAGUCGCCUGUAGGAACUCGGUGACUGAACCUCCAUCUUUGCUGAGCGAAAGGAGGACACGCUCAUUGCGCAAGCGAUGGGCAGACAUUGACGAGGCCGCAAGCGAGCGCAAAUCCAUUGACGAGCACUAAUCGUAAACAAGGAUUGUUUGCCAGCAAAACAAAGCAUGCUUGAUGUGAGUGACGAACGUUCAUCAUUCGUCGGAUUUACUGAAGUCUAAAACCUGCGGUGGGGACAUUUUCUACCUCGUGGUGAUCAGAAGGUCGGUCGGCAACGUGGUGUCGCUGCUUACCUUUUGCAAAUUUCCAGUGGGAGUGACGUUGAAAGACUGCGGCACUACGCCCGAUAUCUGAUUCCGUAAAGGAGACUUGCUGCGCGCAUCCGACCAAUUAUGUGCGCGAAAGUGCGAGUUUUGUGCACGCGGUAUCUUCCUGCGGAUCACAGUGAAAAAGUGGAUAAAGGCGGUUUUGUCGACUUUUGUUUGUCUGGGGCAAUGCCCCGCAGUGCUGGGAUCGCUUGUUCUCGACAAUAAAACUGUUAGUUUAAGAUAUUUAAGGCAGGUUAGACGUUUCUGGCAACUAGCCUCUCUUGGUACGAAAACCCGCACAGAUAACAGUCGUACUGAAAGCUACCUAGCUGAAAGUGAGCGAGGCGCGCAAGAUUUGUUGUGCACAGCAUCAUACUUGUUGCACAGACCAGUCCCAUAAUUUUGAGUGCACAUUGUAAUAACAGGGGCGUCAGCGGCUAAUGUUGCGGAAGCUGGGUGCAGCAUAUGUCGCUGGUCAUACAUGUAGUAAUAAUUAUUGUUUCUAUACUGAACAUAACAAAACAACUUUCUGUUUAGCUUAUCAAGCGCUUACUAUCUGUUUUCAUAGACACAGCGCUCAGAAGCGUGCAAUAAGAUUCACGUAAACAACAAACAAAUGUAUUUUCCGUGAAUAUGUCUGAAUCGCAAUAUUUUUGGCCGGAACCGUGCAGUAUCUGCGCUCAGUGGUGUGCGACCUGUAUGAAAGUAGCCCCAAGCUGACGCUACCGCAUGCUUCGAAAGGUGUGCUUUGUACGACGACUGUGAAGGCAUAUCGGUGCUCAUUAAUCUGUUAUAUUAACGAGUGUACAUCGCAGUCCCCACAUAAAGAUUGCUGUGCGGAGUGUGAGGAAGGUGCUGUGACGUAUUUUACGUAUAUG